CCAUUUCCCGUCACCAAACACUUCUCCCAUCUCUCACAAAUGACUUCAGCACCAUCAUGAUAACUCGGUAUUGUCUGGACUCAUAACAACAAACCAUGUACUGCCAAAAAUGCCGGGCGCCUCUCAAGGUCGACAGCUCACUGGAAGAUCUGAACCCUGCUGCCUAUGAUCUCCUGAUAGCCUCCUCUUCCCAGCAACCGCCAAAGAAACUGCACUCCUCCAGGCCGUCAUAUCCCCAAGACCAGCAGCGCAAAGCCAUCUACGAUAGAGCCUCCCAGAAUGCGGGCCACCCAACCAUCAAGCGUACCGCAGUUGGUGCGCCAUCACAGCGAGAUGCCACCAUGUCCUUCAUCUACCUCACCGAGUCGCAAGUCACACAACCGACCCCCCCGCGAGCCAAUAACUCUUCCCAUCCCACCUCUCCUCGGGCCACUCAACACGGGGGCAAGGUGAACCGGGAGAAUGGCGUGCCCAAGGGCUACGAGAUGGAGCGCGUCAACAAGCUCUUCGAGAUCCUCUCCUCGCGCUCCGACAUGGACCACCCCGUCUGCGUCGAGUGCACCGAGAUGCUCGUCGACGGCCUGCAGAAGAAGCUCGAGACCGCGACGAAGGAGAGGGACGCCUACGUCUCGUUCCUCAAGCAGGUGCAGGCCAACCAACCGAGCGAGGACGACAUCCAAGCCCAGCAGGAGGCGCUAUCCAGGGCCAAGCAGGAAGAAGCUGACGCGAUGGGCGAGCUGCGCCGGCUCGAGAAGGAGAAGGCCGCCGUGGACCGGGAGAUGGCCGCGCUGGAAGAAGAGGCGAGGGCGCUGGACCGGGAGGAGGAGAAGUUCUGGCGCGAGCGCAACGCCUUCACCACCAAGCUGUCCGAGUUCCAGAACGAGCGCGACAGCGUCAACUCCAAGUACGACCACGACGCGCGCCUCCUCGAGAAGCUCCAGCGCUCCAACGUCUACAACGACACCUUCUGCAUCAGCCACGACGGCACCUUCGCCACCAUCAACGGCCUCCGCCUCGGCCGCCUCUCCAGCAGCCAGCCGGUCGACUGGCCCGAGAUCAACGCCGCCUGGGGCCACGCCCUCCUCCUCCUCGUCACCGUCGCCGAGAAGCUCGAUUACCGCUUCGACGGCCUCGAGCCCCUGCCCAUGGGCAGCACCUCGCGCAUCAUCCGCUACGAGCUUCCCUCGCCUGCCGCCUCCAGCCGUCUCGUCGGUGGUGCCAGCCAGCGCGGCGUCGCCCCCGUACAGCCGCUGCCGCUGCCGCCGCCGCCGCCGCCGCCCAAGAAACACGUCCUCGAGCUGUACUCCACCGGCGACCUGCCGCUCCUGACCUUCAUGCACCGCAAGUUUGAUAACGCCAUGGUUGCCUUCCUGGAACUGGUCCGCCAGCUGGGCGCCUUCGUCCACCGCCAGACCGCCGCCGAGGGCCACCCGCUCACCCUCCCUUACAAGAUCGAGGGCGACCGCAUCCACGACGUGAGCAUCAAGCUUGGCAUGGCUCAGGAUGAAGGCUGGACCAAGGCGUGCAAGCUCACUCUGACCUGCUGUAAGUUUUUGCUGGCUCAUGCGAGUAAUGUCAACUCUAGCGCUAGGAGCUCGGGGACUUGAUUCCGGUCGUAUUGUCUUGCUUUCUCUUUUUUUUUUUUCUUUUUCCUCUUUCUACGUGUAUGCACAAGGAAGCCUGGCGUUCGGGAAAGGAGUCAUCAUGCUAUCGGGAAUCCGGGUGUCAUCUGUGUUGGAGGGACGGGCGUUCAAACAUGACAUGAAUCGGGUCGAAUCUUCACUUCUAGGGCAAACACGCAGGGGCAUUCUCAGUUAGUAGGCUCAUGGCAGAGGGCUGGAUAGCGAAUUCUGCCAAGACGAAGCGGUUAUGUGUUUUUCAGUGCUGGCUUGAUUCAAAGCAACCUCUUGUCUCCUCUUGUCUCCUCCUGCGACCUCCCUGGGAAUAUGGGUAUACCCCUUAUCCCCUGAGCCAUGGGAUGGAGGGCGGGUAUUGCUACGGUUAUUUUCUUAUCUCACAUCUAGAAUUAUGUCGCUCUGGAGAAACAAAGCCACCGCUUC